AUGUCGAAAAAAGAAUUUGUUCACAAUUUAUCAACAGAUGACUUGGUUUUGUUAAUUGACAAGAGAAGCAGUGAAUUGCUUACUAAGCUGAAUGAUACUCGUUUGGGUUUUGAACAUUAUUUAAAGACACAGAAAUAUGUUUCUGUCAAUGGUGAAGUAUGUUUGAAAGAUGUAGAAAUUAUUCUUGAAAUCUUAAGCCAUGCUUGUUCCGAGAAGAAGCAUUUGGGCUCUUUGCGAAAGCUUCUUAGAAUGUUGAAGGAUUGUAACAAAUUCCUAUAUGAUGACCUACCUUCAGUGAUAGGAAAGUGCUUGAUUCAAAAACAAGACAUAAAUAUUGUGAUGUUCAUUGCCAAUUAUAUAUGUGUUUUAAAAAACAUACUUAAACAUUUUGCUGUGGCUGAAAUUGGAGUUACUUUUCUUACUGUGCAGAAUUUCAUCAAUCGACUCAAAGAACUGAAAGUUAGAAACAUAGAAGUUGCAUUGGAACAGUUUCAAGGUUUGAAAGCCUUAGUGGAUAAAUAUGAUGAACCUAUUGGUACAUCAGAUGAUGAGGAGGACAGAGUGGAGAAUUUCCGUAAAUUAUCGGUAGUUCCUAAAGAUAAUGAUAUUGUUAAUUGUGAAAUUGUGAAUUUGCCUAUUAAUAUUAUUGAUGCUCCUUACAAAAGUGUUACCCAUUAUUUGAGUGUACAUUAUCGCUUGAUGCGUGAAGAUAUGCUUCGAACAUUUAGAGAUUGUAUAAAUUUAUGUAUGAAUUCAGAUCAAGGUUCAGUAUUCAAGACUGGAUGUAAUUUAUAUCAAGGAGUUAAUGUAGUAUACCCACCAGAAUAUACAGUGAAAGGUAUUCAGUAUAAGCUCCAAAUAUUCACUACAAAGAAAAUAAAUUUGUUGCCUGGGAGUUUGGUGUGUCUUACUGCUGAUUCAUUUCAUUCAGCAAUUUUUGCUAGUGUAAAGAAAGUGAAAUCUAGCAAAGGAAGAAGUGAAAACUGUAUAUUAACUAUCUUACUGGAAGAUGAUCUUAUGUUGGAUAAACUGAAUCCAAAAUACCAAUACCUGAUGAUUGAAACUUCUGCCUACUUUGAAUGUUACCGUCAUGUACUUUCAGCAAUAAGAGAGUUUACAGAAAAUAGCUUUCCAUUAGCUGAUAUAAUAGUUUAUCUGAAUUAUGAAGAAGCUGAACCCGAGUAUUUGAGUAAUAUGCAGUAUUGUUUACAUGAGAAAUGCCCAGGAGAUGUUUUAGACCAUGAUUCUCAUUCCUGUAAGAUAUUUGAUCCUCAUGAUAAAAGUGCAUGGCCAACAGCAGAAGAAUUGCAGUUAGAUGAUCAGCAGUGCGAAGCUGUAAGAAUAGCUCUCACAAAAAAAGUUGCUAUAAUUCAGGGCCCUCCUGGUACAGGCAAAACUUUCAUUGGUGUGAAAAUUGUGAACUAUUUGUUAAAUAAUGUUCAAAGAUCUCCUAUAAUCAUUAGCUGUCUUACAAAUCACGCUCUUGAUCAAUUUCUGGAACGUAUUUUAUUGUAUACAAAUAAAGUAGUAAGACUUGGUAGUCAAAGUAAAAGUGAGUUACUUGAACCAUAUGUAAUGACUGGCGUAAUGAAUGAUUUCCAUACAUCAAAAGAGCUUGAAGAUAUAUGUGACGAAAUUAAUGACAAUCUAUAUUUUAUAGAUAUUUGUGAGCAUAAAUUUUUGGACGAUAGAGCUUUAGAAAAAAUAAUUAACCCAGUGCACAAACGGGAAUUUAAAAUACUUUGUAGAACAGACAGUAAAUGUCUAAGUAAAAAUAUAUAUGAAUGGCUGUGUAUCACAUGUUUUAAUGAUCCAUAUGAAGAAUAUAAAAAAAGAAUUGACAGGAUUUCAGUUAACAGCGCUAUUCCGACACAUUGUAAAUAUGAAACUUCUGACGAUCUUUGGUCCUUGGACCUUAAUACAAGGUAUGUACUUUUUUCGAAGUGGAAAGAAGACUAUAUAUCAUUAUGCAAAACAUCUGUUACAAAAGCAGUUGAAAACUACCAAAAAACAUUUUUCCAUUGCCAACAGCCAUAUAUACUAGAUAAGACUAAACGAGAAUCGUUAAAACAGGCAGACAUAAUUGGAGUUACCACAACUGGUGCUUCAAAGUAUAAAGAUUUACUAAAGUUUGCAGAGCCUACAAUUAUGAUUGUUGAAGAAGCUGCUGAAGUACUGGAGUCUCAUAUCAUUGCUUCACUAGUGCCAUCCAUUCAGCACCUUAUUCUCAUUGGAGAUCAUAAACAGUUACGACCAAUUCCAGCCAAUCAUGAGCUUUCUGAAAAACAUAAUCUUAAAAUAUCAAUGUUUGAAAGGCUUUUUCGCAAUUCUGCUCCAUCAGCAACGCUGGUAACUCAGCAUCGUAUGAAACCUUGUAUUGCAGAACUACUUGUGCCAGAAAUAUAUGACGAAUUAAGAAGUGCUGAAAAUGUUUAUAAAUAUGAAGAAAUAAAGGGCGUUAAAUCUAGUGUCUUUUUCUUAAACCAUUCUGAACCAGAAAAUAUAAACUCUUCCUCUGUUAGUGCAUCAAAUGAGUUUGAGGCUCGCGUGAUUGUUAGUCUGGCGCAGUAUUUGUGUGCUCAGUCGUAUUCUGCUGACCAAAUUACAAUACUUGCUACGUAUGCUGCUCAAGUAGUCCUUAUUCAACAAUACUUAAAUGAAGUAAAUCUUGAUAUGUGUCCCACCACUGUUGAUAAUUAUCAAGGUGAAGAAAACGAUAUAAUUUUGAUAUCUUUUGUGAGAAGCAAUUCAGGAUUUAUUGGAUUUCUGAAAGAAAAAAACCGAGUCUGUGUUGCUUUGUCUCGUGCUAAGAAAGGUAUGUUUUGUAUUGGAAAUUUUAAAUUAUUUUCAAGGAAAAGUGAACUAUGGAAUUCGAUGGUAACAAAACUGGAAACGAAGAAUAUGGUAGGAGAAAAAUUACCAGUGCAGUGUCAUCAACACAAAACCGUGUCAGAAGUAAAAACUGCUGAUGAUAUAGUAGCAUUUUUAAAAUCUGGAUGUAGUGAAAAAUGUGAUUUUGAACUUUCUUGUGGUCAUAAAUGUAAUCGUAGUUGCCAUUUGGAUGACAGUGAUCACCUCAGAUAUUUUUGUCAAAUGGCUUGUACAAAAUUUAUAGAUGAAUCACGCAUUUGCCCCAGAUUAUGUUACCAGCCAUGUAAACGUGUUAAGAAACGUGCUGUUGAACUACCAUGUGGUCACUAUUCAAGAAGUAUUGAUAGUCUGAGAUGUGAGGAAGAAGUGCAACGAUGCUUACCAUGCUCCCAUUUAGACACUUUACCCUGUUAUGUAGAUGUAUCCAGACCACAAAUGCCAAAAAUUAGUAUCUGUAAAACUUUCCUGUGGGCAUGUAAAAGAUGUCCCUUGCUUUAAUAGAAACAAUAUAGCUCAUUUUGUUUGUAAUGAACUUCAGCCUAAAAUAAGUCCUUGUGGCCAUACUGUUUAUGUUCCAUGCAGUUUGAACAUGGCAGAGGAUGAACUUCUCUCAUUCUGUACUAAAUCAUGUGAUACAUUACUGAAUUGUGGUCACCCUUGUGUAGGCUUUUGCCGCUGGUGUUUUGACAUUGGAAUUCAUGCAUUUUGUAUUGAAAAAUGUGAAUUGAUGUUACCUUGUGGUCAUAAAUGUCAAGGUUACUGUGGAAGUCCUUGUCCACCAUGUGAGAGAAAAUGCUAUUUAUCUUGUCCUCAUGGUGCAUAUUGCAUUAAUAAAUGUAUUCGACCAUGUGUAGAAUGUAAUGAAAAUUGUGUGAGAAGUUGUGAUCAUAUAAAAUGUACCAAUAAAUGCUUUGAGGAGUGUACAGUUGGUCCAUGCGUUGUAGCGUGUAGCGCAAUUUUACCAUGUAAUCAUAAGUGCAUUGGUUUAUGUGGAGAUCCAUGUGUAUGUUUGGAAUGCAAUAACUGUGAAUUUUCAGUCGGUGAUAAUUGCGUUUUACUUGAAGAUUGUGAACAUAUAAUUGAAGUUAAUAGGUUGAAUGAGCACAUUGAAAUAUGCUUGUUUUCUUUUGAUUGGCCGAAUUGUCCUCUUUGUGGUGUUCCUGUUUCUAACAGCAGGCGAUACAAAACCGAAUUACUAAAAGCUAAAAAAUUCGUUUUGAAAAAUUGUGAUACUACUGGUGAAUUAAGUAAAGUGUAUUAUCGUUUCAAUUCGAUAUUUGGUAGUCAUUGUUCCGUUCCGUCCACUUUUUUUGAUGUGCGCAGAAAGAUUUCAGAGAUCCUAAAGAGAGAUGUACCAUCUUCUGCUUCAUUACUGAUUUUGAAAAACUGUAUAAUACGCCUGAGUGAUCUUAUACAUGUCAGCGAAAGGCUUAAUGAAUUUUUUGAUGAAUAUUUGAUAAAUCGCUUCGAAACCUUACUUUUAUGGAUUUGCAGCCAUCUAACGAAUGCAAGUUUUCAGCAGCUGUAUGAACUCGAAAAAGCUGUUAAAGAACUAAUAAACAUUAUAUAUGCUUAAAAUGUUGUGUGAUACAGUAAUACAGUACAAAGUCCGAAAUCCGGACGUCCAUUAUCCGAAAUGAUCUAAAAUCUGGACCUUAAAACCACCAACAACGUUUUUCUCCUAGGUUUUACGCAUGGGCAUUUGAUUCCCCCCUCCGCGCAUAAUAAAACAUCUGGAGAGUACCAAUUCUUAAUAUCACUUCGACACUAAAUAAAAUACCUUGUUAUUGAAGAAACAAACCUUUUAGCAUAAAUAUGUACGAUCAGUAAUUUGGCCCCGUUGCUGUGUAUCUGCUUUUUGGCACACAUCUCAAACCGAAACAUUCCACAUAGAUACAUCGUUGAUCUGACGCCAACCUGGCGAAUCAUUGUUUAUUAUACAUCACGGCAUGUUUAUCAAAACAUGACAACUUGACUAAUGACUCAUGUAGCGAUGCCUAAACAAUUUUUUUAUGCUAGUAAUUGAACAAUAAAGGAGUAUGGUAACCUUCUAUUUUGACAUUACGCUUGGCGAUGAUCACAGAUUUCAGUUAAACAUGCUAAAAAUGUUCACGAGGAACAAUUUACCAAAACUUUCUUUCCAUAUGCUAAAAAUAUAUUUUGUUGAUAAUACUCAUAGACCCAAAGAUUACAUUUAGGGCUAUUAAGAAUAACUGGUUUGUUAUUCACAUAAACCCAGAAACAGCACUAGGGCUCGUAUGACCACACGGACAAAGAAUAUGUAUUAUUAAGAAGAAAAACUUAUCUACUACAGGAGUGGCUCCGCUCCAACGUAGAGGGAAACAGCUGCGCAUGCGCAAAAUAUCUGUCGCCAAAGAGCCAAAGCUCGAGCCGGUGUCAAGUUCGAAGGUCACGCUAUGAAGAGUUCAUAAAGCGAAUAUCGUUUAAAAUUUCUUUAAACUUUAAAGAAAAAGAAAAUAUUUUUUCGCGCAGGUAAAUUAAUUAAUGGAUUAGUUAUUUUGAGCCAAAAAAAAUUACGAAAAUCCGAGUUUCAAUUAUUGCGAAAAGUCAAAGAAAAAACAUUUUGUCAAAGAACGUUUCUUCUUAACAAGUGUUCCUCAAUAUCCUGUACACAUCGAGGAGAGGGAAAUUCUCGCCGCCAGUUUUCGUCACCGGACUGGAACAGUUAGUGAUUCCAUCACCGUCGCCGUUCCUUGGUGAAUUUUCCCUCCGGUUUCUGGUGGCAUAAUAGCAAACUGGUUUACAUUACAUCUAUGGAAUCUUUCCUUCUUUACAUAGACGUUCUUUGACACGGAGUGGUAGAAUUUAGGACCCACUGAGACUGUAUCAGGCGGUAAAGGGCCGUUCCCGCUGGAGUUUAUCUGAGCUAACGCAGUCAGUUCCCUGUGUCGACUAGCUCCGCUAUGCCUGCAGGUCAGAUUUUUCAACUUACUGCCCUAUGGGAAAAAAUGGUUUUGGAGAUGGGUCGGCUACGUCAGUUGUCCCCGUUAGCUCAGAGAAACUCCAGUGGGAACGGCCCUUAAGAUAUGUAGCGCCGGCCCUCAAUAAGGCUUAAGUAUAUGUGGGAAUUUAUUUAGUCAGAACUCUAAUAAGCCUUAAGCAUGUGCAAGAAAUAGACA